CUCUUCCAUACAUGAGAUAGGGCCUCUGGAAAUCUGAUAUACUAGUUCAGAAAGAACGCUAGAGAGAGAACCAGAGUAUCAGAGACCUUAACAAAACCUAGCUUCACUGGGUUAUUGUGGUUGAUAGCAGAGAUAGCCAUGGACGGCGAACACGAAGCUUCGGGACAAAUGACCGACGAGGUCUACGCCAACGGCGGUGACGAUUCUGAGCGUCACAGACUAAUCAUAGGCAGCGAACAGCUCGACGUCGAGGCCUACGCUGGGCUGUACAGCGGUCGCACCAAGAUCGCUCGUCUCCUCUACAUCGCCGACCGAUGCGACAACGUUUCGAUGCAGUUGGAGGCUCUUCGAUUGGCCUUCGACUUAAUCAAGAAGGGCGAGGACACUCACCUGUUUGGGGAAGUUGUUCAGAAGAUCGACGGACGAUUAGGUCCCAAUUACGGGCCCGACCCGGCCUGGACUGAGUCCGUGGACCAUCGGGCCGAGCAGAGGAGGGAGAAGCUGGAAAAUGAACUCAAUGCUUAUAAGACAAAUUUGAUCAAAGAAAGCAUCAGAAUGGGAUUCAAUGAUCUUGGAGAUUUUUACUAUGCUCAUGGAGUACUUCCAGAUGCACUAAGGAAUUACAUUCGCACUCGUGAUUAUUGCACUACAUCGAAGCAUAUCAUUAAUAUGUGUUUGAAUGCAACUUUGGUCAGCAUUGAGAUGGGUCAGUUUGCCCAUGUCAUAAACUAUGUUAACAAAGCAGAGCAAAAUCCAGAUGCCUUGGACCCCGUCACGAUAGCAAAACUACGUUCUUCUGCAGGAUUGGCUCACUUAGAGGCUAAAAAAUACAAGCUUGCUGCCCGGAAGUUCUUGGAAACGGGUCAUGAAUUGGGUAACAGCUACACAGAAGUGAUUGCACCCCAAGACAUUGCAACAUAUGGUGGACUUUGUGCACUUGCAAGUUUUGAUCGAACUGAGCUGAAGAGCAAAGUUAUAGACAAUAUUAACUUUCGGAAUUUCUUAGAGUUGGUACCUGAAGUAAGAGAGCUCAUUCAUGAUUUCUAUUCUAGCCGCUAUGCAUCAUGUCUUGAUUACCUUGGAAGACUCAAAUCAAACCUGUUACUAGACAUGCAUUUACAUGACCAUGUUGAGACACUCUAUGAUGAAAUUCGACACAAAGCUCUCAUCCAGUAUACUCUUCCAUUUGUGUCUGUUGAUCUGCAUAUGAUGGCUAAUGCUUUUAAAACAACUGUGGUGGGGCUGCAGAAAGAACUCGAAGCUUUGAUUACUAACAACCAAAUACAGGCUCGAAUUGACUCUCAUAACAAAAUACUGUAUGCACGACAUGCGGAUCAGAGGAAUGCCACUUUCCAGCGGGUUCUGCAGACGGGCAAUGAAUUUGAUCAGUACGUCAGGGCCAUGCUGCUGAGAACAAAUAUUCUCAAGCAUGACUACAACCUUAAGUUUUCAAGGAAAGUUUAAAACUUUUACAACUUAGUUUCCUUGACCAUGUGAUAUGGGGCAAUGAGUGUGGGAUUUCAGGAUAGGUGUUAGUGCCGCUAUAACCGAAAUUUGAAAGGUCGAUGUUGUUUAUGCACUCAAAUUGAUCCCAUUUAGUUGUAAGGAGUGAAUAUAUUUUGUUUAGUUUUUCAUUGUAGACCUCUUUUUUAAUGCUAUAUCUUGAACAGGGAAUGUACAUGUUCUCGUAAGUGCAGAAAGCAAUCCAAGAUUUUUUAUUUAUUAUUA